CUCUUUCGCCCAUUCCCGUUCAGUGUCUUCGCCGCCGUCCAUUUUAACCUCGGGAACAACGUAACCACGAUAUUACACCGCGAUCACGCCAACAUCAUAUUCGGCAUGUGCGCUAUUCAUGCCCUAGGUCGGUACGAUUACAAGAAAGGCGGACACCUCAUCCUCUGGGACUGGAAGAUUGUCAUCGAGUUCCCGCCUGGCACCACCAUCCUCAUCCCCUCGGCAGCCAUCGCUCACGGUAAUACGCCGCUUGCGGACCCGGAGAACGAAGAACGAAAGUCCUUCACUCAGUAUGUGCCCGGAGGGAUUGUCCGAUGGUGGAGCUAUGGGUAUCGGACGGAGGAGGAGGUAAAGGAGCAGGAUCCAGCGGAGUGGCGGCGGCUCAAGAAGCAGGCGGAUGAGCGCUGGAAGUCCGCGUGUGGAAUGUUUUCGAAGGUCCACGAGCUU